AUGAAUAUUGUAUCGAAUCAAAUUUAUAACAACAAUAAUAACAGUAACAACAAUAACAAUAGCAGCAAUACUAAUAUGAACUAUAAUACUAUGAAUGCGCAAAAUACUUUGAAUAUAUCCGAUCCAAAUAGUAGUAACAACAACCUCAACAAUAAUAUCAACAACAAUAACAACAAUAAUAAUAAUUUUAAUGGUCUAAAUUUUUCAUCGUCAAUGUUACCACAAUAUAUAAUACCAAAUACUUCACAAUUACAAAAUAAUAGUAACUCUAUGUUUCCACAAAGUCAAAGUAUAAGUACAACCCCUAAUGUAAUAGGAUUAAAACCAAACAACAACAAUAUAAAUAAUAGCAAUAUUAAUUAUAGUGGCAACAGUAAUAACACAAAUAACAACAACAACAAUGAGGCCUUUGAACAAAACCCAUCUUCAACUGCAACAUCCUUUGAAAAUAGUGAUAAUAUACUACAAAACAGUGGUGAUAUUUUAAUGUAUCCUGAAAAUAAAGAACUAAAUUCAAGUAGUCUCUUGGAAAAUGACUCUUCAAAUUUUAAUUCAAACUCUAUGGAAAAUUCCCAAUUGACAAACCAAGAAUUAAUGUUUGGUAUGAUGAAUAAUAACUUUGGCCAAAUUAAUAACUUUUCUCAACUUCAAAAUACAAAUAAUGGUCUAUUUUUACAAAAUAAUAACAACCUUUUAUUUAAUGGUCAACUUUUAAAUAAUGGGAACAAUAUUAAUAAUAAUAAUAAUAUUAAUAACAAUAAUAUUAACAAUAAUAAUAAUAAUGGCAAUAGCAAUAGCAAUAAUAAUGUUAUAAAUAACAAUAACAACAACAACAGCAACAACAACAACAACAAUAACAACAACAAUAACAACAACAACAAUAAUAACAACAAUAAUAAUAAUAAUAAUAACAGCACCAAUAAUAAUAAUACAGAUAAUUCAAUUGAAGUGUUUAAUUCAAAUAAUGGUAUUCAAUCUUCAUCUUCUUCACCAAGUAAUUCACCACCAUUAGGAUCAGAUCAAUUAGAUGAUGAUAUGGACGAAAGUGGACCAUUUGAUGGCAGUAGAAGAAGAAAGUCUACAACAACAAUGGACUCUUCAAUGAAAAAACGUCAUAGAAGAACUGCAUCAGAGAUUGAAAGAGGUUUCAAAUGUUAUUUGCCAUCCUGUAAUAAAUCAUAUGGAACAGAGGGUGCAUUGAAAAUGCACAUUAAAUUAAAACACCCUGGAGCAAAGAUUCCAGCUUCAUAUUUAUCUUCUCCAACUCUUAUUGGUGGCCCAUUCUACUCCACCCAAAGAAUUAUAACACCAUUCAUAUCACCACAAAUAUUAAAUUUAAAUGGUAGUUCCAAUAAUAGUAAUAAUAGUAUUGGCAAUGUCGGUGGAGGUAAUGAUCAACCUCAAAUGGUCUUUAAUCCUCAAACCAAUUCAUUUGUCCCAUUUCAACAUCCAAGUCAAAAUAUGGUGGGUUCUCCUCAUCAAAUAAUUUAUUCAAAAUCACCAAGAUCUAUUUUACCAAAUAGUGGUGAUCAACAACAACAACAACCACAACCACAACAACAUCAACAACAACCACAAACAAAUUCAAGUUCAAAUACAAAUACAAAUACAAACCCAAAUACAAAUACAAACACAAACCCAAAUACAAAUACAAAUACAAAUACAAAUACAAACCCAAAUUCAAAUACAAAUUCAAAUACAAAUUCAAAUACAAAUACAACUAUAAAUGCAAAUACCCCGCCAUCAAAUUUACCAUCAACCCAUUCUCCUGCCAUUGAAUCAUCAAAUAAAGAUAACAAAACAAAUACUUCUAUUAAUAAUAAUAACAAUAAUAGUAAUAAUAAUAAUAGUAAUGCAAAUAGUAAUAACCAAAAUAAUAGUAGUAACAAUAUAUCUCCACAAGUUUAUAAAUUUUCCGAUUUACCAUCAAUCUCAAUGAAAAUUGGAAAUUGGGAAAAGAUUUCAAGUUUUUGUGGUGAUUUAGUUGCUCGUUUCUCUUACACUGAGAGAAAAUUUAUGUGGGAAAUUUUUAAUAAUGGAAAAUCUUUAACAAAGAUGGAAAUGUUUUUCGAUGAUGUGACAUCAGUUGAUAUCAAUCUAUUAGAUGGUGAUAAAGUAGAAAUGACUUUACAUUUAAAGAAAUGUCCAACUUUUUAUGAAGCAAUAUUCAUUGAAAAUAUUCCCAGCAUGGUUUACCAGUCUUGUGGUGAUUUUACAGGUGGUGAAGCCACUAAAUCAAAUAAACACACCUUAUGUUUUAUUAAAAAUGCUUUGGCAAAUCCACUUGAAGCUUUAAGCUCUACCGACCCAAGAUUUAAACAAUGGAUUGAAAAAUCAAAUAUAUUUUCAAAAAAUAAUAAUGAAAAUAAUAAUAAUAAUAAUAAUAACAAUAAUAACAACAAUAAUAAUAAUAUUAUUAAUGGAAAUAAUAAUAAUAGUAAUAAUGGAAGCAACAACAAUAACAACAAUAAUGGAAAUGGUAAUAAUAAUAAUAAUAAUA